UGGUACUCCGUAUCGUCCACAUUUUCUCACUCCACCUCCUAUCGCAAAGGAUGUGGCGAUAACUUUAUCACUGGCAUUUGAGCCGACGAACAGAUCAUCAUCUUGAACUUCCAUCGGCACCCCAUACGUUCCUUUUUGAAGCCCUUGCAUGCAGGUCGUGAUUUACGGGUCGUAGUGGCCUCGAAAUUGACCUCUGCCUGCAACGGUGCGAACUGCAUAUCUUAGACAGCCCAGACCACCGUGAUGGAUGGCGUGAAGAACAAGAACACCAAGACGGGCAAUCAAGCCUGGAGAAAAAAGCCUCGCAAGUUCGCUCCAAAGUCAAGAUUAGGCUGUAAGACUUGCAAGAUACGACGAGUCAAAUGCGAUCUCUCUCGCCCUUUAUGCUUGAAAUGCCUUUCGACCGGUCGCACCUGCGAUGGUUAUAGUGAAACGCCCCUCGCAUUCCAGACUGAGAAGACCAAGCUUGAUGCAACUGAUUAUCAUAAGGAGAUCACCUCCAGAGCAGAUAGCUGCGACAGUGACAGCCCUGGUACCACGAUGAGUGCGUGCGUGCCAAAGCAAUUGCACUCGAAAUACCAUGGCCUCAUUUUGCAGAACCUCGGAUCCUUUAUGAUCUUACCCGUGACUGGGUCAGGCCAGGCCGAGGCAAUGUGUUUUUUCAAGGAUAUUUCGAUCAAGCACCUGAAUGAAUAUCGUCCUUGCGAACCAUGGCGCAACACUCUCAUGUUCUUCUCCCAGACCGUGCCAUCAGUGCGGCAUGCUGCCAUUGCUCUGGCCUUGAUUCACCGAAACUACCUGGAUCGCCAUUCUAACGGUCGGGCGGAUGAACCAUCUUCCUUCAAAGACCGGCUAUCGGAUGAGGCUCCUUUGCUUCACUAUAACCGCGCCAUUCACCUUCUGCUGAACUCGGAAAGUGGCGACAGCGCCGUAAUAACAGCUAUCACGCUUGUGGUCUGUUAUCUCUUUACCUGCUUUGAGCAUCUGGCGGGCAACGACGUACAAGCAAUGGAACACCUACGCGGAGGUGUAGCACUCUCACGCAACAUCUACAACGCUACAUGGAAUAACUGUACCUACGACGAUGUCCAAUCUUCGGGGGUUCACGCGAUUAUCUGCCAGGUCACAGAGCAGAUUCGCCGUCUUGACAUGCAGGCCGGCAUGUUUCUAGUCGACUGGACUCCAGCCAACAUCCAAAAGAUAUUCACGUCCCAUCUUGCACUCUGCGACAGUACAUUUCGGUCACUUGACCAGGCUGCUGACCACCUCCAAAUACUGGUCGCUCAGGUAAUGAGGCUACGCAGCACACAGCAGCAAAUGUUCCCGACGGGUACGAUGCUACCAUUACCGUCUCUAUUCAAGGACACCGUUCUCGGGCAGUUGGAAACGUGGUCGAGCCUCUUCGAAAGCCUGCUGCAACAAGGCAGCCCCGCUGAGUCUGGCUUUGAAACUGAUCCUCUCGUAUCGCUCCUGCGCUUACAACAUACUAUCGCAUGGACUCUCCUCAGUGUUUACGGACCUGGCAGAGAAAUGGAUUAUGACAGUUUCCUGCCCCAGUUCCAACAAUGCGUCGCAUUGGCGGACAAGGUGGCGGCGGCACAUCAGCGGUAUUCGGGGUCGUCAAGGUCGACGUUUACGCCAGAGAUCGGAUUUAUCCCCGCUCUUUACAUAGUUGGGGCCAAGUGCCGGCAUCCUAAUGUCCGUCGUGAGGCCUUGAGUAUUUUGCGACGGCAGUUAAUCCGGGAGGCGUCUUGGGAUAGCAUUUCUACUGCCCGGGUGGUUGAGCGGAUUAUUGAAAUUGAAGAGGCUGCGGCUGGGGAAAGGCAAAUGGUACAGUGCAUGGAACAAAUUCCCGUAUGGCAGAGGAUCGAAGCAUUGUCUUAUAUACAUGUCCCAAGCGGACAGGGUGCAGCCAAGUUGGGUAUUGCGUAUACAUUAUGCGCCCAGGAGGGAAUACAGACUGAGUCGCUUAUGGUAGAACGGGCAGAAAGUCUUAUCAUGUCAAAUAAUCUAUAA